ACUGAAAGGGUGGGGUUGGCCGGCCCCAUUCUUCCUCCCUGCACGGCAGACCCCAGCGCCGUCCCUGCGCUGCGUCCCCACAGCCGCCCCGACUCGCGGUGCUGGGCCGCUCGGGGCAGGCGUGGGGCAGCAGGCACAGCACAGCACAGCAGUGUCCAUCUGGGGCGGCCGGGAGGGCUCGAGGACACAGCGAGGACCUGUCCAUUCUGCCCAUCACUGCUGGGGGUGACACAGUUGCUGCAACACAAGCAACCCCGUGAGCACGGCGAGGCGGCAGCUGGGGUGGCUGACAUGGCCAGCAUCAUCCUGGAGAGCAUCUUCUUGAAGCGCUCGCAGCAGAAGAAGAAAACAUCUCCCCUCAACUUCAAGAAGCGCCUGUUCCUGCUGACAGAGAGCAAGCUGUCCUACUAUGAGUACGACUUUGAGCGCGGGCGCCGAGGCAGCAAGAAAGGGUCGGUGGACAUUGAGAAGAUCACCUGCGUGGAGACGGUGGUACCCGAAAACAACCCUCCCCCUGAGCGGCAGGUCCCGAAGAAAGGGGAGGAUUACAACAUGGAGCAGAUCUCCAUCAUUGAGCGGUUCCCCUACCCCUUUCAGGUGGUGUACGACGAGGGGCCCCUCUAUGUCUUCUCCCCGACAGAGGAGCUGCGCAAACGCUGGAUCCAUCAGCUGAAGAGCGGUGAGUUAUGGGGCACCCAGCUGCGUGUGCGGCGUGACUCAGAGCACUGGGUUUCCGGGGGCUCGCUGCCUCGUGGUUACGAUAUCCCAUAUCUGCGGAAGAGAGCUCUAUCAGAAAGUGCUCCCAUGACGAGCGAAGUCAUAAGGGCUAUUCCCCUGCUUGCAUCAUUUGUACCGUCCCUGUGCUGGCACAAGCCUGGGGAGAGGGGCACUCACCUCCUACUGAUUCCUACAGCAUCGUCUGAGGCAUCUUGCCAUCCCACAUACCUGCUCCAAAGCAGUUCAAGCAACUUCAGAAGUCACUGAGAGCUGGAGGAAAUGGCAGAUGUGGCCACAGAGCUCCACCAGUACACAAGGGGAGGGUAGAGCCCCCAUUGCAUUAGGAAGGAAAUGAGGACAAAAAGCAUAUUAGGAGCCCAGGAGCAUCUCCCAGCUCAUCUCAAGCUCCAUGUGAUGCUGCUGAGCUGAUGCUUUGCUGUGGAGCUGCUCUCUCCUCGAGCUGGGAACGUCUUGCUGCAAUACUGCACAGAGAGGCUGGGCUGUUUGUGGUCAGCCAAAAUCUGAUGGAGCUGCCUGUGUGUCUGUGUGUGUAUAUUUCUGUGGCUUUGUGCUGGUGGGGUUAGAUUAGCUGCUCAAAUUGACUCAGGGAAGUUUGCCUGAGUGAGGAGGAAGCAGAGCGGGCUGAUAACGAGGAAGUCAGUUAUCUUACAAGAGCCCUGCUGCUCUGCCUGGCUGCCAGCCCCAGCCCCACUUCCCCACUCCAGGAGGAUGGUGUGGUGGCAGUGGAAGCCACUGCAGAAUCUGCAGGGAAAGAGAGAGAGAAAAUGCUGGCUGUUUGCUGCUGGGAUGCCCACAUCCUGCUUCCUGGAGAGACAGGGCUCUGCAGGCAGUGGAGAGAGUGUGGGCCAUCAUCAUGCUGAGGUGGCAUUUAGGCACUUCCAAGUGUCCCACGGCUUGGGGAUGAGCAGCAGGAAGUUGGUUGGUGCCUGCUUGAAGAGGGAGCAACCCCCCAGCAAGGAAGGUUGCUAAGCAGGCAGGGGAUGGUAGCAGCAUCCUGCCCUGCCUGCAGGAAAGCCAGGUCCAGCACUUCUGAG